ACUCUUUCAGUCCACUUCCCCUUCCCACUACCCUUUCUCCUCCGCUUUGAGUUCCACUCGGGGAGCUUUCGACAUCGUAUACACAAAAAAUGUAAAUAGGAGUGCUUUAUUCUUCUUCCCUAUCAUUCUUAAUGUUGUUGUUUCGGGUCAGAGAUCUUUAAAGGCGUUCGACGAGUAGUGUGUAGACUGGAUUCCUUCUGCAAGUGAUCACCUUUUGACUCGGUGUUUCAAGCAGCUGCUAUCUGCACUGAGAAAAAUGGAGCAGAGGUAAAGGGAAAAGCAGCAGUUCUGCUCGAAUCCUUGCCUCAAUUUCUACGUUUGGUGCUCGUCGAGAAUGAGUACCUGAUUAAGUGUAAAGGGACUUCCGCGGCUGUCGUUCCUCUCCGUUGUUGUUCUAAACCCUCCCGUUUGGGGUUAGCAAAAAAAAUUGUAGUGAAGAAGAAGAAGACUAACACUGUCACAUGCACAUGAUUCUCUCACAAUGAUGUCUCUGUGUUCUUCUGACUUUGCAGGGUAGGCCUGUCAGAACAUACAACCGAGAGUUACCAACAUGCAGAUACCCAAAACAAGGAAUGGAUCAUCAGAAGUUCCAGGCAAGAAUUCUAUGCUGACGCUUAAAUCGAAAUGUCCCACAAAGGUGACUGGAUCGGAAUUGAAUACUUCUUCUACAAAUUCAUCCAAACUUCUCGCUGAUAGAAGUCCCAAGAUCGAAUGCCGCACAGCUAAAACCAUGGAGACUGAGAAGAGAGGCUCAAGCAGGGUCACCGAGUUGGAAUGUCAGAUCGCUCAGCUCCAGGACAAUCUGAAGAAGACAAGGGAUCAGCUGAAUUGUACCGAGUCAUGGAAGAGACGAGCCCAGCAGGAAUCAGAGGAGGCCAAGAAACAGCUUUUAGUCGUGGCUCUAAAGCUCGAAGAUUCCAAAAGCCAGAUGAUGGAGCUAUCAGCAGCAGAAGAGUCACGGAUUCAAGAAUUAAGAAAGAUUUCUCAGGAACGUGAUCGAGCAUGGCAGUCUGAGCUGGAAGCCAUCCAGAACCAGCACUCCAUUGAUACUGCAGCACUGGCAUCCGCCAUGAACGAGAUACGAAGGCUGAGGCUUCAGCUCGAGAUGGUCCUUCGAUCCGAGGCUGCACUUACAAAGAAGUCUGAAGUUGAACACAUAGAGAUGCAGUCUUCAAAAAGAGAUCUCGCGGAGGUGUCAUUCUCCAUUGAAAACCUAAAACUUCAGCUCAUAAGUAGUGAAAAAGCUGAAGCUGAAGCAAAAUCCACGCUUGCUGAGACAAGGAAACAACUGGAAGUUGCACAGAGUACAAUUGAAGCUCUCCUUACUGAUGGGUCAAAACUCAUGGAAUCUUUCAGUAUCGUAGCUACCGAACUAAAAGAAUCCAGAUCACGAGUCAAGUCACUUGAAGAAACUGUGAAGAGACUGCAGGAAGAGCGGUUCACUGCUCAUCUCCAAGCCUUAGCUGGUUUUGGCAAUCCAAAAAAGAUCUGCUUCGGUUCUUUAGACUCUGAAGUGGAACAGUUGAUGUCAGCACUAGAAGAAGCUUGGAUCAAGAAUCAGCAAGAGCAGAUCGAGAGAACAGUGAAGAUCCAGUGCACUCGUGAAAUGAUGGAGAAAAUGAGUACUGACUCCAGACUAAGAGAAUCUGAACUAGAAUUGCGACUAAUUGAUACUGAAUCAGAGGUUACUGUGCUCAAGUCCAAUCUGUUUGACAAGGAAGAGGAGCUACAGAGAAUCUCAGAUAUGAACAAGAAGCUGCUUGCAGACAGCGAGGAAGCACGAGAAAAUCAAAUUGAAUCCGAACUUGGUUUAAAGCUAACAAAAUCAAUUGCUGAUGCUAAGGAUUUAAAGUCUAAACUAACAAAUUUGGUGAUAGAUCUACAGAGACUAUCUGAAGAGAAUGAGCAACUAAAAUCCGAGCUGAGGAGGACUGAAACAGAGAACCAUAAAGCUUGUGAAGAAGCAAUAGCCGAGAUGAAGUCAGCUAAGGCUGCGGAGGAGGAGGCACUGAUGAAGCUAGGAUCCAUUUCCGACAAAGCUGAGAAGAACAACCGAAGGGCUACAUGGGUGGCUGAAGAGCUGGAGGCAGUUCAAGCGGUGAAGUCUGAAAUGGAAGCUGAACUGAGGAAGCUCAAGGUGCAAGCGGAACAGUGGAGGAAGGCAGCUGAAACUGCCAUUAUGAUGCUUACGGCUGACAACAAUGGGAAAUUUUUCGGAGCUGUGGAUUCCGAGCGCAAAUCUGCUGAAGGGAAGUUGAUGAGCUUACGCCUCUCCGAUGACAUUGGUGAGGAAUCCUCGAGGAAGAAGAAAAACUAUGUCCUUAGAAGAAUCAGAGGGAUGUGGAACAAGGAGCAGAAGUAAUAGUCAAUUUGCAUCUGCAGUUUGUAAUGUUAAUCGAAUGCCUUGGCUUCUGUUUAAUAUUGAAACAAUAAAUAAACAUUUGUGUUUCCGGA